UUUUAAUGUAAAUUUAUUUCAGAAAAUGCUAAACAUGAAUUAUAUACUACAUAAUCGUUCACUGUGUAAAGGAAUAAGGUUGAUUUCAACAUCACAGAGCGUUUACUCAGCUACGGCACAAAGGAUUGGAGUUAUAGGGAUGGGGCAUGUAGGAACCGCUGUUACCAAGAACCUGCUAAGAAACGGAUUUAAUGUCUCUGCAAUCAUGGAUGUGAAACCAGAUCUUUGCCAGGGAUAUCCAGAUACUGUUAAGGUUGUUGGCUCGCCUGCGGAAGUGGCACAACUCUCUGAUGUAGUUGUUUCAGGUCUACCUAAACCCCAUCAUGUGAAGGAGGUAUUUGAAGGAAGUUCUGGUCUCCUGGCUGGUCUUAAACAAGGUCAAAUCUGGAUUGAUCAUUCAACCACUGAUCAUGAACAAAACAAGGUAUUUACUGAGCAAAUGGCUGCUAAAGGAGCUUAUCUUCUUGAAUGCCCAAUAACAGGUGGGUUGGAUGCUUUAAAGAAAGGCCAGAUGGCAGUUUGGGUGGCCGGAGACAAGGAAAAAUAUGUUGAAGUAAAACCUAUUCUUGAUGCUAGCUACAGUACAGUACAGUACACUGGUGGUCUGGGUACAGCAAUGAUUCCAAAGGUUCUGUCUAACAUGCUCUGUGGACUUCAGGUUAUUGCAAUGGCAGAAGCUAUGCUAAUUGCAAAAAGGCACGGUCUAGAUCUAGUUGAGUUCUGGCAUAGUAUAAGAAUGUCGGCCGGUAACUCAUUUCUCUGGGAGACCUGUGGACCAAACGUUUUCAGAGGUGAAUAUCAUGAUUCUUUCCCUAUUGAGUUGAUGUGUAAGGAUAACCAACUAGGGUAUGAGAUGGCGAGAAAUGCAAAGAUUCCAUUGGAAUUGUUUGGUCUGAUGCAGCAGAUUUACAACAGAGCACUGUACAGCCUGGGUCCUGAUGUUGGGUGUUACGCGCCACCAAUUCUUUAUGAACGUGAACAUAAAGAAUCUCUUCAGGCGCCUGGCUUUGAAAAUUGGACAUAUUCAGUAGAAAAUGUGGACGGAGCUUUACAUGUGAGACAUGAAGGAAUUGAACUCCCUGCUAAGAAACAAAAGAAAGAAUAAAUAUUGAACUCGCAAAAAAGAGACAGCGCUUGAAACUUGACAAAUAUCUUAGUUAGAUGAUGCAGCUUGUCUUUUUUAUAUCUUUGGUAGAAUAUCAUUCAAUGUACUAUUUGUAUUAAAGCUCAUUCGCCAAUAAAAUUUGCAUUAAGAAA